AUGGUAACGUGUACCAGUCCCGAAGCUCAGUUACAGCCUCUAAUGGAUGUUACCGUUACUAUAAUCAGUAAAGGGGGCUGCGAAGGGUCUCAACAAUCACAGUUCAAACAAAAACUAGAAAGUGAUAUUGAUUCGGAUUCAAGCAUAUUCCAAAGCUGUUUUGUGCCUCUUCAAUUAGUUUCUAGAGACAAAAAUGAAAAAGAUUUAGGGAAUAAUCCAACGCCCUCUUCGCCGCGAUUUUGUCGACCAAUAAGGUUCCGUUUUAUCAAGGAAACUAAUGAUGUAACUGAAGAGGAAAUAGCACACGUCAAAAUCGCUAUUACCUCUUUAGUCCCAACAGAGGCCGACCUCUAG